AAAAAUAAUAUAGGAAGAAAAAUAUUCGCGGUAGAUAAGAUUAUAUAUUGGUAUGGAUAGGAAGAUGAAAGUAUUCUCAAGACAUUUGAGGGAUGUACGACGGGAAAUAAGAAAGGAGAUGGAGGACUUAAAAGACGAAAUAAUGUUUAGAGAGGAAGACUGGAAAAGGGAAAGAAAUGAAUUAAAAGAAAGAAUAGAGAAAUUAGAAACGAGACGGGUGGAGUAUAAUGAGAAUGGACAAAAUAAUACGAGGCAAUUAGAACAAGAGAAUAAUACAAGGAAUUCAUCGAGCCUCAUCACUUCUACCUCGAGUACAUUCCGAUCGCAAGGUGCCCGGCCAGCUUCUGGUAAUUAUGAAGGUACAUCUCGAUGUAACAGUGAUGGUAUUGCAAACAACUGGUCGGCAGGUACUUCUGGCACACCCGCCAGAAAUGCGCAAAGUCAGAAUUCUAAUGUUGCUAAACCGAAUGGAUCAAACAGGCCAAAUGUCGCAAGUACAGUAUCGGACACUAGAGAAAAUAAUUCUUUCCGGAUUAAAUCAGACGAUGCCAACAGAUCAACAAAUAAAUCAAAUCAAUCUGCGCCCGGAAAUUCUCGCAAUGCGAAUAAUACAACUAAUACUGAUGAUGAUAGUGCUAAGAUUAUGUGUCAUUGUCGGAAGCCUGCGAUUCAAUUAAUUAAAAAAGACGAACUAUGUAAAGAGCGUAGAUAUUACAAAUGCGCUAACAGUAAUAAAUCGCAGGAAAUCCGUUGCGACUUUGUGUUGUGGGCAUCUGACAGUGCCAAUCAGUCUCAAAGUAAUGCAACGGACGAAUAUUCAAGUUCAACAUCUAAGGAUAUCAAUAAAUUAGUAAAGAAAUUAAAUCAAUCUGCGCCCGGAAAUUCUCGCAAUGCGAACAAUACAACUAAUACUGAUGAUGAUAGUGCUAAGAUUAUUAUGUGUCAUUGUCGGAAGCCUGCGAUCAAAUUAGCUAAAAAAGAGGGUUCAUAUAAAGGUCGUCUGUAUUACAAAUGCGCUAAUAAACUGUUUGGAAGCCGUUGCAACUUUUUUCUAUCGGCAUCUGACAGCACCAAGUCUCGAGAUAAUGUAGCGAACGAUUAUUCAAGUUCAGUAUUUAACAUGGAUAAAAGCUGCAAAAGCGCUGGAACUUCUAAUAACAAGUUGAGAAAUUUAUUCACAAGUAAUGUUAUGUGCAACUGUAAUCGACCCGCUCUAAAGCUGAAGUCUCAGACUGAUCCCGAUAAACGAUCGUGUUACUUAUGUCCUAACUCCAUUUGUCAUUUUGUUAAAUGGGAGAACAUUGAUAGUCGCAAGAACACGAAUCGGAGCAAUUAUAAUUCCAGAGCCCUCAAAAUACCUAAAACCGAGAGCAAAAGAAGGUGUGGAAUUUGCAGAAGAGAAGGUCAUACGAGGAUUAAUUGUCCAGCUCGGAGAUAAGGCAUGUACUUUUGACAAGGCAAAUCGUAUUCUCAUUUUACGUAAAGAAUUGCUAUCGGCCGAUUUAUAAAUUACACUAUUUUGUCUUCAUUUUAUCCAGUCUUUAUUCUGGAUCGUUCGUGAUCAGACAUCAAUUAAUUUUCGUCACAAUAUAUAUGCACUCGAUCGCAAUCGUCAUGACGUUCCGUUAAUAACAUUUUGAAUAUUUUCGAAAUCAAACCAAAAACGCUAACUCAUAACACUAACUUAUAGACCGAGGACAAAUUUUUUUAGAUAUAUUUAUUGUAAAUAUAUAAUAUACAAUUUGUAAUGAUUGGAGUUGUAAAAAGCUUAAUUAGAAGCAGUGUCAAACACGGCUUUUAUAUGUAUAUCUAAGAUGUCUGUCUUAUUGAAGCGAUAACUCUUAUAAGUAUUAAAAGUUAAAACGUCCAUUUGAAAGAAGUGGUUCGAUAAUGUUUAUAGUUGCUGUUUGUAUUCCAAUUUUAAGCAGCGCAAGUUACAAUAUAUUUAAUUACAGAUUAAAUGAUACUCGUGUGUUAUAAGAAAAAUUAUUUUUCAUCCGCUCCAAUUCUUCUUUCUGUAAAUAAAACCGAUUGUGUUAACUGUAA